GCAAAAUUGACUAACAACAACAAUUGCUUUGAUAAGAGUUUUGAUGUAAUUUUUGCUCCCCCUGUAUACAGAGUGAUCAAUUUAAAAUUUUCCACCUUGGUCAAAGUCCUCCACUCAUAUAUGGAUGAAAUGCUUUGUCCUCUAUCUAUGGCAUUGAUUGACCUGGAUCUGAACAACGUAUGUGACUCAUUGCGUGACUGAUCUCUUUGUGACCAAAUGCGAUAAAAUUGUUAUAACAAUCGCGGAUUUUGUUGAUGUUUUUCAUGUAGAAAUCUGCCGGCGAGUUGCCCAACACCACGCCUGUUCCUUCCGGCCAUUGUCUCCUCCGUCAUGUUGCAACAUGCUUUCGUGAUUGGUAAAUCACCGGCAAAGUCUUCAAUUUAUAAACUGCAUUGCAAUCUUUAGAGAUAACUGGGCACUGCAAAGGACAAAGUGAUCAUCCAUCAUCGCCUUAUCCGGAUCCAGGCCACUUCAGUUUGCAGUUGGCAUUAAAGAGACUGCGAAAUUAUCUUAUCUAAUUCCUUGUUUAGUCUCUGAAACACUUUUGUUUCCAUCAGUGGAGGUUUUUUCAUGUAUUUGUGUGCUUCAUUAUGGCUGCGAGUGAAAAAGAUGUGGAAGUUCCAGAAAUCGAAACUGAUGGGAACGUCAUUGCCGUUGCAGCGGUGGCUGUGGUUUCAGUUCUUCAGAAAUCCUUGGAUGUUAACAAAUACGCCACAAAGAAAACCAUCGCCCAAGGCCUGCUGGAUGUGGCCCUUCUAACAGCGAAUGCCUCCCAGUUGAAGUACGUUCUUCAGGUGGGAGAAAAGCACGAAUUCUACUCGCUGAUGUUGAGCCUGAUUAGCCUCUCCAUUGUUCUGCAGGUCCUGAUCGGCAUUUUAUGCCUCAGCCUCCACCUGCUCUCAGAUUGCAGGCUGCACCUCAAGAGCUACCAUUCCAUGGCUUUCUAUCUCAACUACACCACUACCGUGUUUUCGUUUGUUAUUACCGCAUUGAAUUUGAUCGUUUCCUGUUUUGACCCCACGGUGGCUCGAUACGCGAUCUUUGAGCCUCCUGAUGUGUCCUCUCUGGGAGUGUAGGGAGGAAGGGAGAGCCUCAUUUGCUUGAUUUGCUCUUUACACUCUUUGCCACUAUUUGCUUUGUUGUGAUGUGUGGCAUUUUUUUUCAGUUGAUUGUGGCGAUACUUUUUGUGAUAAUCGGCGGGCUGAACAUAAACAAGAGCCAAAACCACCGGGCAGCCAUCGUUCUGAAUGAUUCCAUACUGAUUUUCAUUUUUCUCAUUUCCGUCAUCAACGUUAUCAUUUCCGGCUUUGGUUUGGAGUACUCCAAUCAGCCGCUGCGGCUCAUAACGCAGCCGGAAACGGCCAAUAAGAUUAGAUAAAAGCUGGCUGAUGGUUUUUUAUCUUU